GUCAGUGCCGCAGCCGGGACGCGCGGGCAGUCGGUGCUGGAGGGUCGGCCGUGCGGUGCUGGUGGGAGCUGGGUCGGAGGCGGACGUCUUUUCUCGGUCGGAGGGUCGCUUGCCCGCUAGGCUGCCGUCGGUGCCUCUCUGUAGGACGCUGUUGCUUAUUGAAACUACCGGUGACGAGAGUGAUAUCAUCUAACGCCAUUUUGGCCUGCUCUACUGGUAUUUCGUGCGCCGCGACCCGUCCGAGCCGGCCGUGACCUGUCUGUGACCCACCGCCGCACAAUGCCAUCGGAGCCGGCUGCCGUGGUGGCCGGGUACGUGGCCGACGGCGCCAACGGCUCCGCCAGCGUGGACCGUUCCCCGGCCGGCCCGGAGCGAGCCCGGCCCGAGCCGGAGCCGGAGGGAGCCGACCCGGCGCCCGCCGACCCGGGCGUGCCGGCCGACAACCUGCGCAUCGUGUCGCGCGAGCCGCGCCGCAUGGGCCGCGGCUGUCCGCCCGAGUGUCGACUGUCGCGCGAUAGACUCAAACACCUGACCGGUGUCCUGGUCUGCCUGGUGCUGGUGGCCGUCGUUAUCGGCCUCUUCGUGUGGUACGGCGACAGGGCGCCGGUCGUCCCUGCACCCCUCACCAGCUCGCAGAGGGCGCCGGCGCCCCGCGUCUGCGACCAGCCUGGCUGUGUGCUGCGCGCCGCCGAAACCAUACUGUUCCUGAACCACUCGGCCGACCCGUGCACGAACUUCUACAACUACGCGUGCGGCGGGUUCAGCACGGCGCAUCCCACCGACACUCUGCGGCCGUUCGGGGUGCGAGAUGUGCUGGAGCAGCGCACCGCCGACCGGCUGCUGGUGCUGCUGCGCCGGGAGCAGUACUUCAACACGUCCACCUCCAGCGCCGUCGCCAAGGCCAAGGUCUUCUUCACCACGUGCAUGAGCUCGUACGAAGAAGGAGAAAACAAAGUCCUGAAGCUGGUCGAUCUGCUGACGCGCCUCGGGGGUCUGGACCUGUUCGGUACGUGGACUAUCAAACGACGCAAGACGCGCGCCGUCGUGUUCUACCCGGAGGAAACGCAGUUCGACUUCAACGACGUGCUAGGCAACACCACCGCCCUGCAUCCGGAACAUGCCUUCUUCGACAUGGUGUACGACCAUGAGCAGAACCUGCUGGUGCUGAGUCUUCCCCGACUGGCGAUGGGUUUCGUGGAGUCGGUGACGAAGCCGGGCAGCGUGAUGAAUGACCAGCUGACGUCCAGGCUGCGCACUCAUCUGCGCGUGGUGUUUGCUCAUCUGGAGCAGGACUCUCACGGCGCCACCCAGGAGCGCUUCUGCGGCAAGGACUGCAUCAACCCGAUGGUGGAGGACAUCCUGGCCGUGCAGGACGCGCUGGCGGUACUGCGGCCCGACCUUUCGGCGGAGCGAGCGGCGACAGAGGAGACCGUCUCGCUGCCGCUGCUGCAGGACCUGGUGCCGCAGAUCGACUGGCGCCGGCUGCUGGACGGCCGCUACGGCGCCGGCGUCGUGCCCGACUCGGUCACCGUCCGGGUGCCGAGCACCGGCUACAUGGCCGGCAUCGGGCGCAUCAUCGACGACACGCGCUACCAGCGGCUCUACCACUUCCUGGUGUGGCCCGUGAUCCGCGGCUACCUGGUCGCCCUCGGACCCGUGUACGCCACGCUCAGCGAGGAGCUCGACCACGAGUUCCGGCUGAAGCCGCUCCAGUCGCGGGAGCAGCAGUGUCUGUCGCUGCUCGAGCGGCACAUGGAGCCCGCGCUGCGAGCUCUCCUCAUCUCGGCGCACUUCGGCCAGGAGAGCGUGCCGGUCGCGCGCCAGAUGAUCGAUCACGCGCGCGGCCCCCUGCUCGACAGCUUCGACUGGAUGACCGAUCACUCGCGUCACGUCUCCAAGAAGCUCCUCGAUAGCAUCAACGUCGAUUUCGGCGAGCCACACAUGAUCGUAGGUCCGGUGGACAGCUACUACUCAUCGCUGCGCUUCAACAUAUACAGCAGCAGCUUCUUCGGCAACCUGCGCGAGCUGUACGGGUUCACGCGGCCCGUGCGCGUCUCCCGGAGUCCGCUGUCGGCCGCCGGACCGCCCCUGGAGAGCACCGACAUCCGGUACGACAUCGACCGGCAGACGCUGACGGUGCCGUUCGGCGCGCUGCAGCUGCCCUGGUUCGACGCCUCGCUGCCGGCACCUCUGAACGCCGCCGCGCUCGGCUCGUUGGUGUACGAGGCGCUGGCCGUGCCGUUCCUGCUGGUGCAUCUGGCGCUGAACGAGACGUUCAACUGGGACCCGCCGACCCUGCGCCGGCUGGACGAGAUGGUCAGCUGCCUGGAGGAGGCCGUCCAGCUGCAGCCCAUCGUCCAGAACUACCGGCUGGCGCUCGCCAGCAGCACCGUCGAGUCGACCCGCUACCAUUUCAUGAACCUCAGCUCCGAGAUCACCCCCGAGACGGCGGGCUUCCUGUUUUUGCGUGAGUACUUUGCCUACCACCUCUCCCACCGGCUGUACCGCGAGUACAGCCAACACUGGCCCACGGUCACCCUGCCCGGCCUGCAUCUCAACAGCUCCGAGCAGACCUUCUACCUCGCCUACGCGCAGGCGCGCUGCCGCAACGGCUCGCCGGACCGGCAGGAGCUCUACAUGCUGGGCGAGGUGACGUGGCUGCCGGCCGAGCUCGCCGUCAACUCGCUGGUCCACGGCGACCCGGAGUUCCGCAGCGCGUUCCAGUGCGGCGACCGACGGGUGGAGGAGAGCGCCGCCCGCGACAUCGCCUCCUGUCGGCUCUUCAAGUGGCCCGAGGAUGACGACGGCAACGCCUCGGCGAGCCCGCCCGUUAUGGGUGAGAUGUUUGGCCCGGAUUGAUCAGUGUAACCACUUCUGAGGACAUUUGUCCAGCGGUGAGCUUUACAGAGAAUGUGUGAUGAAUGUUGGAGUGGAGACUAGAAUACAUUAUAAUAUACUCGUAUUAUAGCGGUGCUUUCAUGUGCCUUCCAUAGUAUUUCUUUUGUAAAGCUACAAAAUAACGCGCUAAAUUUUUUCUGCCAUCAUUGUUUUUAAACAAGUGGCCUUUUCGUAAACAAAGUUUCCUGAUGCGUCGUGUCAUUUCACAUCAAUGUAUUGAAAUAAAUAAACAAUUGUCAAUAG